CCAAGCCCAAAAAGUAAAAAUAAUAUAGAGUAAAUGGCUAGGAAGAGAAAAGUUGCCAAUGAUCAAGAACACAUCAUGAGUGAUCAUCCUGAAGAAAACACAGCUUGGGAUGAUAUGGUUAAAGACUCAGCCGUUGCAGCGGCACUAGGCGGCCCACGACGAGCUCGAAAGCGGUUUGUGGGUGUCCGCCAACGGCCCUCGGGUAGGUGGGUGGCUGAAAUCAAGGACACCAUACAGAAAAUUAGAGUAUGGCUAGGUACCUUUGACACAGCUGAAGAAGCAGCUAGAGCUUAUGAUGAAGCUGCUUGCUUGCUAAGGGGAGCCAAUACUCGAACCAACUUCUGGCCUUCAACCCAAUCAUCUUUAACCACACCCGCCCUUCCCUCCAAGAUCACAAACCUACUUCUUCACCGGCUCAAAGCCAGAAACAAUUCUUUAGCAGCCAUGGGUUCAGGUGGUUCAUCUCAUAACACUUGUUCUCAACUAACCAUUGAUCAUGAUCUUGAUCAUGAUGACAAGAAGCAACAGGAGGAAGUUAAUGACAUGUUUGAGUUCCAAGAUUCAAUCUUUACUGAUUUUCUCAAUGACACGGAUGAGUAUAUUCCUGAUAACAAUGAGAUUAUGCCAUCUUUGCCUGUUAAAGAUGAUUAUCUUGAUUUGGAUAAUCAUGAUGAUCAAAUGGUGUCUCUAUCUUCAAGCGAUGACACAAACAAUGGAGGUGUGAUUGAAGAUGAUGGUGAAGAAGAAGAGUGUAGUGAUGUAGGAGUGAUUGAUUUCGGGUUCGUUGAUGAACUCGGGUCAUCUUGUAGUUUUUCUCCUUUUGAAAUAGCUCAAGAAAUAGCAUCAAGUUCCAUUAAUGAGGAGGUUUACAAUGGAGAAGGCGAAGAGCCGUUAACAAUAUCCGAAGCAAUGAAGAGGAUGAAAUAUGAGCGAAAGUAUUCGGCUUCUCUUUAUGCUUUUAAUGGCAUACCAGAGUGCUUGAAGCUGAAACUUGGACUGGGAGGGGGUUCAAAGUCUAGAGAAAGGUCCAAACUGCAACGGACCGUUUGUCAUCAGGGGGUCGAUAAGAAAGACGAAGAAUCAAAGAAGGAUGUUGAUGGAGAGGGUAGUGUGGGUUCUUCAACAACUAAUGUUAUUGAUGGAGAGUUAUCAUUAUGGAGCUCUCUCGAUCUUCCAACAAUUUGUUAUGUUAAUUAAAGCUAGCUUAAAGAGGUCUUAGUUUCAAGCUGACCAUGUAGUGUUGCCAUAUUGUUUUUGUAUUAUGAGUUUUGUGAUGUUCAUCAGUCCAUGAAAAUUAUAGGUUGUAUGGUAUGAAAUUUUACUGACUCUGAAAGGUUUGACA